AUGUGGAAAAACAGUCAAAAAGAUGUCCUAGAAAGUCAUUUGAACGGAUCUAGUGGACAAAACUUCGUAAAUAACAGCAGCAGUUUAAGCUCAUACGCAACGUCCAAUGAUUCUGAAUCGAGUCCAAUCCUUGAACCAAGGGACUCAAAGUUUGGUACUAAACUAUGGUUAUCGAAAACGGGCCUUAACUGUCCAAUUUGUCAGCAUGAUUUCUGCUUUAGCAUGCUUUUGUGUACUACUGGACAAGAACAAAAUGGCUUAACAGAAAACUCUAUGAAAGUAAUUCGUGAUUUGCAUUCUAGACUUCAUGGUGUUUCACUUGAAUGUACCGUUCUGAGGUCAGAACUUGAAGUUCUUUACAAAGCAUUUAAUUCAAAAUGUCAGGCAGUCAAGAUUUUAACGAAUAAUAAAUUUCAGUCAUCUGAUGAAAAUGGUCAAACGCGAAGUACUGUUUACGCUUCAACUGUUGAAUUGGAAAAGGAAAUAAACAAACUGAAAAUAGACCUUGAAUUAAGUAAAGGUGCUCUGUUAUCACAACAGCAGUCGUCUAAAGCAAAAGUUCAACAAUUAAAUAAUGAAAAUGGAAAUUUAAGAAGACAAUUGGAAAAUUUACAACUUAAAACUGGACAAUUAUUAGAAGAAAAUAUGCAUCUUCUACAGAAGAAUACAAUGUUAGUCUGUUCACCUACAUAUGAAGAACGAGUAGAAAAAUCACCUGAAAUAACCGAUUCAGAUAAAAGUACCAAGUUUUAUCUGAAUAAAAAUUCACUGGAGAAGUUAGCUGAUCAAGACGUUCCACUUACAUCAGAAGGCAUUCUUUAUGUACUAGAAAAUCAAAUUAAAUCACAAUUUCAUGAUAAAAGAACGUCAUUGCCUGAAAUAAAAACAAAUUUAAAAGAUGCUUCUAUUUCUCAGAAUGGAUUUCAAUUAUUUUUCAGUCGUUUACGUUCAUCUAAAUUAGAUAAGAUUUUAAACGUUCAACAGCAACAAGAACGGUCUCAUAAAUCUUUUUAUAUUGAAAAAGAUAGUCAGUGCGAUUUUAAUUCAUUCAUUCAUCAAAGUCCCGGUAUUCGUGAAAUCUCUGUCCCUUUAAAAUGUUUGUGUGUAAAUGAUUCAGAUGAAGUUUGUGAAUGCGCUCGAACUACUGUUAAUGUUCAACGACAACUUUUACAGUAUAAGUGCCAGCUUUCUGAAAUGACAAAAAAAAUCAAACAACUUGAACUAUCUGAAGACGCCCAUCGACACGCAUUAAAAGAACAAUACGAAAGAAACAAACACAUGUCUGUUCAACUGACCGAAAUUCUCCCAUACACAUCUGAAGAAUUAUUGAACUCUCCAAAUUAUGUAUUAUCUUCUCAGUGUUCACCAACAGUAAGGAAUUCACUCAGAAAAUUAGAUUCUAGAAAAAACAAAUCAACAAUUUCACAAACAUUAUCCUCUACAGAAUCGUUUCAUAAUUUAUUAUUAUGGUUUCAUAAAAUUUUAAAAGCAAUUUCAAUUUCAUUGAAAAGUUUAUCCUCGUCUGAUGAUCAAUUAAUAUUUGAUCAAGAUAAAAAUAGUUAUAAUGUCAUGGAAUCUAUACACCCUAAAUCGAAAUCUCCAACAUAUAUUAAAAUGUCUACUGGUAAUUCUAUGUCUGAAUGUUUAACACUAUACAAUGAAUCAAAUCGAUGUCAAUAUGAUAAAAAUGCUUCAAUAGAUGGAAUUAAUAAAUUACGUGAUGUUUCAAAUAAAGAACAAAUUAGUUUGGCUACAAAACGAAAAAUAAGUUUGAAAAGCGUUAAGUCUACAUGCAAUUCUAUGCUAUCACAAUUAGACGAUCUAACUAUAAGUGAUAAACUUAUUACUUCAGAUAAUCAUAUAAAGGGAAUAAAUGAUGAACCGAUUGUACAAAAUCAAACAGUUUAUCCACGUAAAAUUUCCAGAUCAUCUUCUAUUCAUGCAAAACAACUUAAGUCUCGAUGUCGAUCAAUGGAAUAUGUUUCAUCGCCGAAAUUUUCUGAGGAUGAAAAUAUAAAUACCAUGUUACUGUAUCAGCUUUUACUUCAGAUGAAAAAUGUUGCAGAACUUAUUGAGAAACAAAACCUAAUAUGUGAUAAACGUGUUCGCCGUUCAUCUUCGGUCGUUACAUGA